AUGAACAACGACGAGCAAGUUCGCCACGAGAACUCUGACCUGGGCAAGUCGCCCAUCCGUGGAAGCAACAGCGAUCACGACCCACUGGUCAAGGUCCAGCCUCCUCGCCGCGAGGAUCUUCAGCCUUCUUACGCCUCCGUCAUCAAGCCUGACACCGAAGAUGCUUCUCAGCACGGCUGGUAUGGUGGCAUGAUCAAUGCUCUUGGUUCCGUCAUUGGUAACCUUGGAGCUAUUCCUUGCUGCAUCGUUUGCCCCAACCCAUACAAGCCUGUCAACCAGGGUAACGUUGGUUUGGUCACCAAGUUCGGUCGUUUCUCUCGUGCCGUCGACCCUGGUCUUGUCAAGAUCAAUCCUCUAUCUGAGUCGUUGAUUCAAAUCGAUGUCAAGAUCCAGAUUGUUGAGGUUCCUCAGCAAAUCUGUAUGACCAAGGACAAUGUCAACCUUCACCUUACCUCCGUUCUCUACUACCGCGUUACCUCGCCUCACAAGGCUGCUUUCGGCAUCGCCAACAUUCGUCAGGCUCUGAUCGAGCGUACUCAGACUACACUCCGCCACGUUAUCGGCGCUCGCGUCUUGCAGGAUGUGAUUGAGCGCCGUGAGGAAAUCGCCCAGAGCAUCAGUGAGAUCAUCGAGGACACUGCCUCCGGCUGGGGUGUUGAGGUCGAGUCUAUGCUCAUCAAGGACAUCAUCUUCAGUCAAGAGCUGCAGGAAUCGCUCUCCAUGGCCGCCCAGAGCAAGCGUACCGGUGAGGCCAAGGUCAUCGCCGCUAGAGCCGAAGUCGAGUCCGCCAAGCUCAUGCGCCAGGCUGCCGAUAUCUUAUCAUCUGCACCAGCCAUGCAAAUCAGAUACCUUGAAGCCAUGCAAGCGAUGGCCAAGUCGGCAAACAGCAAGGUCAUCUUCUUACCUGCUCCCAACCAGACCGUCCAGCAGCAGAUGCAGAUGGCCGAUACCGUUGGCGAGGGACCUUCAUCAUACCAACAAGUCGGACAGCAUGUCAACGACUUUGGUGCCGGCACUGAGGGCUUCCAAAAUGCAAUCAACAGCCGCGUUGUUGAAAACAUGUAG